CUUUUAGGGCUCCAUACCAUGGCGGAGGAGGAGGUUGCGCUGCGCCUGGAGGCCGUUGAUGCUGAGCUCCAGGAGGUUCAAGCUCAGAUUGCCGUUCUCUGCGAUCGCCAAGCGCGUCUUCUUGAGGAGCAAGCGGAGCUUCGCCAGCUGAUCGACUGCUGCAGAGCUUCCGAGGAGGAUGAUAUCCAAAUCAUUGAGCAGGACUGGUCUGGAAACUUUGAGUGGGAUAACGAGGCAUCCAACUUGCUACUCAAUGUCUUUGGCAUUUCCACUUACCGGCGGAACCAGAGAGAGAUUGUAAACGCGCUGAUGAGUAACAAGAAUGUGGUCGUUGUUAUGGCGGCAGGAGGAGGGAAGAGUCUGUGCUAUCAGCUUCCAGCUCUUCUCCGGCCAGGAAUUGCUCUUGUUGUUAGUCCCCUUUUGUCCCUUAUUCAAGACCAGGUCAUGGGACUGGCUGCUUUGGGAGUCUCUGCCGCCAUGCUGACUUCGACAACCUCCAAGGAGGAAGAAAAGGAGAUUUAUAGAGUUCUUGAGAAGGGCGACGGAAACUUGCGGAUUCUAUAUGUUACUCCGGAGAAGAUUGCGAAAAGUAAACGUUUCAUGUCGAAGCUUGAAAAGUGUAACCGGGCCGGACGUCUCUCUCUUGUAGCUAUCGAUGAAGCACAUUGCUGCAGCCAAUGGGGACACGACUUUCGGCCGGAUUAUAAAAACUUGGGGAUUCUGAAGAAGCAGUUUCCUAAAGUACCUAUGAUUGCGUUAACUGCCACUGCAACUGGGCGUGUUCAAAGAGAUUUGCAGGAGAUGCUGCAAAUCCUGCCAUGCGAGAGAUUUACAAGCUCCGUCAAUCGUCCGAACCUUUUCUACGAGGUAUUUCGUUUCGUAAGGCGCGAUGAUCGGCAUCUCUUGUUUUUUUCGUUUUCUAUUUUGAUUUCUUUUGUCCAGGUCCGUGAUAAAAAGCAGGUUGCGGCCGACGUUAUUGAAGACAUCGCAUUGUUUAUAAAGGAGACUUAUCCAUCCAAUGAGUCCGGAAUCGUUUACUGUUUCUCACGUAAAGAGUGUGAGCAGGUCGCUGACGCUUUGCGGAAGCGUCAAAUAUCUGCUGCUCAUUAUCAUGCGGACAUGGACUCUGGUCUUCGAACAAAUGUUCAUCGAAGGUGGAGUAGCAACCAGCUCCAAGUGAUUGUUGGCACGGUGGCCUUUGGCAUGGGAAUCAACAAACCAGAUGUGCGUUUUGUUAUACACCAUACCCUGAGUAAAUCCUUGGAGACGUAUUAUCAGGAGAGCGGACGUGCUGGCCGUGAUGGACUUCCAUCUCGCUGCGUAUUAUUUUUCAGGCCAGCUGAUGUCCCUCGACAAAGCUGCAUGGUGUUCUCCGAAAAUACGGGCUUGCAGAAUCUUUACGCAAUGGCUCGCUAUUGUCAGUCGAAACAAAGGUGUCGGCGAGCGGCGUUUUUUCAAUAUUUUGCCGAACAAGUACAAGAGUGCAACGGAAUGUGCGAUACUUGCGCAUUUGAGAACGACGUUGUUGAGAAGGAUGUUACGGAGUACGGCAAGUCCCUCGUGCAGUCUGUAAUGGACGUUGCGGAGAGUGACAAGAAAACUACGUUGCUGCAGCUUGUGGAUCUGUGGAGAAGUCAGCUACGACAGGCAGGUGACAAGGAGAUGAGUAAGGACGAUGCAGAGCAGAUCAUUCUUCAACUAAUUCUAGAUGGCACAUUGCGAGAGGACUUUCAACAUACUGCUUAUGCUACAAAUGCCUACGUAAAGGCAGGAUCGGCAGCAAGACUUAUAUUGCAAGGCAAAAGAAAGGUCAUCCUUGAACAAUGUGAGAAGAGAGGACCUGUGAAGACAACUCUGGACGAUUGCGCCAUGCAGUCUGGCAUGGCUCGUAUGCUUGAUACACUUCGCCAGACACUGGCUGCUGCCGACGGUGGCAUUUUUCCUUAUGCUGUGCUUUCUUCUCAGCACAUCAAGAGACUGUCCUCACACGUCCCCACAUCAAUCACGGAGCUGGACGAAAUCAUUGGCAAAACCAAGUCAUCCAAGUAUGGAGAGCAGAUAAUGACCACCUUAAACGAGUAUACCACAAAGAAUACAGAUGGUCCGGACACGAAGGAGGCGUCUUCCAGCAAGAGGGUGGCCACAACUGGCGGUCAGGCGAGGCAAACUAAAAGAAGCAGGAAUGCAUGACCAAAAGAUCUCAGUCUUGUCUGAACAGCCUCCGCCUCUCUGAUCCUGCCAGCAGCAGCAUACACGUUAGACAGCAGUGUCAGAGCCGAAUUGGCAGCUCUAUUUCCUGGAUUGAGCUCAACGAUGUUCUCGACCGCCCUGGAAGCUCGAUCAACAUCACUGUAUGUCUUGCAAGCUCCCAAAAGUGAUCCCCACUCGACGACUCCCGGCUCGAAUGGCAUCGACUCAACGAGCUCUUCCGCAUCUCUCAAACGACCGGAUCUUCCCAGCAUGUCCACUAUGCAGCAGUAGUGUUCCCGGGACGGAGAUAGGCUGCUGCCCUCCACUGCCGAAGAAGCCUUCAAGCGGCCAAAGUAGCUCAAGCCUUGCUCGCUCAAUCCGCCAUGGCUGCAAGCAUUGAGAAGGCUCAUGAAGCUCAAGUCAUUAGGUUCCAGACCGACGAGCUCCAACUCUCGAAACAGCUCUAGGGUUUUCGGGCCUUGGCCAGCGGAAUCCGAGUAGCUCUCCAUCAUCGCAUUCCACGACACGAGGCUUCUCUCCGGCAUGGCACCGAAGACGCUGUCGGCCUGCUCGAGUCGUCCACACUUGGCAUUGGCAGUCACCAUAGCCGUCCACGACACAACGUUAUGCUCGGGCAUCGCCCAGAAGAUGUGCUCCGCCCCAUCAAGCUCGCGGUUGUCGGCAUAAGCCUGGAGCAUUGCGUUCCACGACACGACAUUCUUGUCGCUCUCCGGCAAUGUCGCAAACAAGAUCUUGGCCUCGUCCAGAUGGCCGUGUCGGGCAUAGGCACUAAUCAUGGCGUUCCACGUGACCGUGUUCCCGUC